GCAAAGUCGCAGCGGCGGCGGCUGCGAAGGAGGCUCCGCGCGCCCCAGUCCUGCCUCCGUGGCUCGACCUCAGCCGCACCCAGGCUUCGUCUGUCUUUUCAGGCUCUUCAUGCUACCCAGCUAAAAGGAGAAAAUGGGCACGGGGGAUUUUAUCUGCAUUUCCAUGACCGGAGGGGCACCCUGGGGGUUCAGAUUGCAAGGUGGCAAGGAGCAGAAGGAGCCCUUACGCGUUGCUAAGAUCCGAAGCCAGAGCAAAGCAUCCAGGUCUGGGCUCUGUGAGGGGGAUGAAGUGGUUUCCAUCAACGGCAACCCUUGUGCAGACCUCACCUACCCUGAGGUCAUCAAGCUCAUGGAGAGCAUAACGGACUCUCUCCAAAUGCUCGUCAGAAGACCAUCGAGUGGAAUAAGUGAGACUUUGAUCUCUGAAACUGAAAACAGAAACCAUGAGCAUCCCACCCACGAGGGGUAUGUGGAAAGUACCACGCUGCAGAUCCGACCAGCCACGAAGAGCCAGUACAAAGAGUUUUACAUCACCCCGGUCAAGAGUGGAACUCCCCCAGCUGAGGACCAAGAAAGUGGUCCCGGUUGUUCAGGGAGCAUAAAAGAAGAAACAGGCCUGAGCUACCAUGUGGCUCCCCAAAUGCCUGACUCCCAAAGAGGACACUUGGCGGAGGAGCUUAUCUUAAGGGAGAAGGCAGAAGCAGGGCAGCCGGGGCCUGUGGUUGAGCUACAACUGUCGCUUUCCCAGGAGAGAUACAAGGGCACUAGUGCUCCCGCAGUGGCUCUCCUGGGAGCUGAAAAAUCUAAGUCUCCUGACCCCGAACCUAAUUUACAACACGACGGGAUUGUCCACACAAAUUUGGUCCCGACUAAUGAGAAAGGGGACCCUUCUCUGAGGUCCAGCAAGAUAAUCCAGAUCUCCAGUGGUCGAGAGUUGAGAGUGCUCCAGGGGAGUGACGCCGGAGCCACCGGGCUGCCCCGAGUGGAAGUGAUCCUCGACUGCUCUGACAGGCAGAAGACGGAAGGGUGCAGGCUUCAGGCAGGAAAGGGGUGUGUGGAUUCUCCAGUGGAAGGAGGGCAGUCAGAAGCACCUCCUUCUCUGGUAUCCUUUGCAGUCUCAUCAGAAGGCACAGAGCAGGGAGAAGACCCACACUCGGAAAGGGAUCACGGCAGACCUCACAAGCACAGAGCGCGCCACGCACGGCUCAGAAGGAGUGAAAGCCUGUCAGAAAAGCAGGUGAAAGAAGCAAAAUCUAAAUGCAAAAGCAUUGCGCUCCUUCUGACAGAUGCCCCCAACCCCAACUCCAAGGGGGUGUUGAUGUUUAAGAAGCGUCGGCGGAGGGCCAGGAAAUACACCCUUGUCAGCUACGGUACUGGCGAGCUCGAGCGAGAGGCAGACGAGGAGGAAGACGGGGACAGAGAGGACACCUGUGAAGUCGCGUUUCUGGAUGCGAGUGAAUCAGAGGUGGAUGAAGAGUUACUGUCUGACAUUGACGACAACACACAAGUUGUAAACUUUGACUGGGAUUCUGGACUAGUGGACAUUGAAAAGAAACUGAACAGAGAGGACAAGAUGGAGAUGUUGCCAGACACCACAGGCAAGGGAGCCCUCAUGUUUGCCAAGAGGAGGGAGAGGAUGGAUCAGAUCACGGCCCAAAAAGAGGAAGAGAGGGCUGGUGGAAUCCCAAGCAGAGAACCAGAUGCUGCCCAGACGGAUGGCCUGAGAACCAUGACUUCUUACCAAAGGAAGGAAGAAGAAUCAAUGAGAGUGCAGAGCUCUGUGAGCAAAAGCUACGUGGAGGUGAGCCACGGUCUCGGCCAUAUGCCCCAACAGAAUGGCUACAGUGGGGUGUCUGAGACAGCAGAGGCCCAGAGGAUGAUCCCCAUGAACAGAACGGCCAAACCCUUCCCAGGGUCUGUGAACCAGCCAGCAACUCCCUUCUCCCCAACCCGAAGCAUGACAAGUCCCAUCGCUGACUUUCCUGCGCCUCCACCUUAUUCUGCAGUCACACCUCCACCUGAAGCCUUCUCCAGAGCAGUAUCUAGUCCGACAGCUGGCCCAGCACAGCCGCCUCCAUGGCCCCAGCCUGCCCCAUGGUCCCAGGCAGCCUUUUACGAUGCAUCUGAGCGAAUAGCUUCCCGGGAUGAAAGGAUCGCAGUGCCAGCGAAAAGAACAGGAAUAUUGCAGGAGGCCAAAAGGAGAAGCACAACAAAACCCAUGUUCACCUUUAAAGAGCCCAAAGUAAGCCCAAAUCCUGAACUCUUGUCACUUCUUCAAAAUUCAGAAGGCAAACGGGGCACUGGAGCUGGAGGCGAUUCCGGACCUGAAGAAGACUACCUCAGUUUAGGAGCAGAGGCUUGUAAUUUCAUGCAAAGCUCCGCUGGGAAACAAAAGACCCCACCUCCUGUUGCUCCAAAACCUGCAGUCAAGUCCUCAUCCUCCCAACCGGUAACUCCAGUUUCUCCAGUCUGGUCACCAGGAGUGGCUCCAACCCAACCUCCUGCCUUCCCCACAUCCAACCCAUCACAGGGCACCGUUGUCUCCUCUAUCAAAAUAGCCCAGCCUUCUUACCCUCCUGCCCGGCCCGCAAGUGCUCUGAACCUGGCUGGUCCCUUCAAAGGACCACAGGCAGCAGUAGCCAGUCUGAACCACACACCCAAGCCAACAGCUCCCACACCAAAAGUAAAUGCUGGUCAUGCUGGUGGAGGGGGACCAUCCAAUCAGCUUCCAGGAAUGAGUGGGAGAGGAGCCCAGCUCUUUGCUAAAAGGCAGUCGAGGAUGGAGAAGUAUGUGGUAGAUUCAGACACCGUGCAGGCCCACGCUGCUCGAGCUCAGUCUCCCACUCCCUCUCUACCAGCCGGCUGGAAGUACUCCUCCAACGUCCGAGCACCUCCUCCUGUGGCCUACAAUCCUAUCCACUCUCCCUCCUACCCACUGGCUGCUGUCAAGUCUCAGCCAUCAGCCCCACAGGCCUCCAAAACAAGCAAGAAGAAGGGCAAGAAACCCCUCAAUGCUUUGGACGUCAUGAAGCACCAACCGUAUCAGCUAAAUGCAUCUUUGUUUACUUUCCAACCUCCAGAUGCAAAGGAUGGCCUCCCCCAAAAGUCAUCAGUCAAGGUCCACUCAGGGCCGACCUUGAAGCAAGCCCUUCCUCCUCGGCCAGUGAAUGUGAGCUCACCCACCAAUGUGCAGGCCUCGUCCGUGUACUCAGUACCAGCCUAUAGUUCUCAGCCUACCUUCUUUGCAGAGGCCACCUCACCAGUCAGCGCAUCCCCAGUGCCUGUGGGCAUUCCCACCUCUCCAAAGCAAGAAUCAGCCUCAACAUCUUAUUUUGUAGCACCAAGGCCGAAGUUCUCAGCCAAGAAAAGUGGUGUCACAGUUCAGGAGAGUGGACACUCCCUUUCUCUUCCUGGAAGACCAAUUCCACCUGCCAUCUCUACAACGUCUCCUUGGGUAUACCAGCCUGCUUAUAGCUACUCUAGCAAACCAACUGAUGGGCUAGAGAAAGCCAACAAGAGACUAACUCCUUGGGAAGCAGCAGCAAAUUCUCCUCUUGGUCUAGUGGAUGAUGCUUUUAGAUCCAGAAACAUCCAGGAAUCCAUUGUGGCAAAUGUGGUCUCAGCAGCUCGGAGGAAGGUGCUUCCAGGGCCCUCGGAGGAGUGGAAUAAGAGACUGUCCUAUGUUCCUCAAACCCAGAAGGCCAAUACGGGCUCAUCUGGAAGGCAGGAGUAUAAUGUUGCAUCCUUACCCAAUAAUAGUAUGCCCACCAACUCCCAAUAUGGUUCACAGUUGUCAUAUGCAUAUUAUAGGCAGCCUUCCAGAAAUGAUUCUGAAAUAAUGUCCAUGGAGACCAGAUCUGAUUACUGUCUUCCAGUGGCCAGUUGCAACUAUAAUCCACACCCAAGGGGAUGGAGACGCCAAACAUGAAAGUUAGAAGAACUGAUUGUGUGCUACCUAUAGUAAUAGUUUUUAAAAGCGUUCCCUUGAAGGGUUUUUGACUUUUGCAAUAGAUUUAGAUUUACCUUUGAUCUUGGCUUGUUCUCGUAGGUCACUUAUCUGAGUGUGUGUGUGCGCAUGCGUGUUUAUGCACACGUGAGGGUGAAUCACAUCCUUUUCUGCUGAUCCAUAGAGGAUUUCUUUGAAGAAAGAAUUUAUUUUCUACUUUGAUGUACGGGCACUUAUAUGUAAUUCGUAAUCUUAAUUCCAUUUAUUUCAUUAAUAUGAGGUAGUCUAGGCAACUAAACUGUGCUCAAUUAAAAUGAAAUUAAGUAUUUUCUUCUGUGUGCCUUAGCCCAGGAAGGAAUUAAUGAAAUACGAUAUGCCAAGUGUCAUUAGCAAUAACAGGAAGAAAUAUAACAUUGGAGAAGUUUUCAAAGGGAGAAUGCCAGUGAAUAAUAAUUAUAUAAAAAAGGAUUUCUUUGGUGUUGUUUUAAACAUUUCUCUGAAAUAUUUUUUAAAAUCUAGUAAAAUUCAGAUUUGUUUUUUAGAAUUGAAAUACAGUAUAAGUGUUCUCAGAAAGAAAGAAAUAUUUGAGAGUAAGACAAUUAUACGUUUCAGAAGGACUUUUGAAGUAAAUGAUGUAGUGUGUGGGGAAUAGAAAGAUUUAGGUAUAGGACUUAUUUUUAAUCUAUGUAAAGCCAGCAGCCUGAGACAGGAAUAGACUGGAUUCAGGUGUCCUCAUUUGUCAAAUGAGAAGAUCAGAUUAUCUAAUCUCUUAUAUCUUUAACAGCUCUGAGAUUCUGAGAUUCUUGCAUUAGUGGAAUGGCUUUUGAUACAUUUUUCACUUUUGUUGGUCAUCAUAUAAAUAUCAGAUUAAGUUUAGGAGUGGAUUAGGUCAUUGGUGUCACUACGUGUGUCAGUAAAGGUCCGAAAAGAAUUGCCGGGCGGCAGAUUUUGUGCUAUGUGUUACAUGGAGUGAGGAUUGAUGUGAAGGAAGAAACUAUUAAUGGAUUUAAGGAAGUGGUAGAUGGAUGUGUGUGUUGUUGUGCACCUGUAGGUCAUGACCAUUAAUUCAGUUAUACAAAACACGCCACAGAUGCCUCUGCAACAACCCGUGCUUCUUUCAAAAGUCAUCAUUGGGAUGUUCAAAGGAAGUCAAACAGCUGCUUGGUAAAUUCCAUGACCCUGGCCUUGUUAGCAGGACCAUAAGACAAUCAGUCAAACACCUGCUCCUUCCUGCCAUGCCUACAGAGUAUUAAACACAAGGAAAUUCAAAGUAUUUUACAUCAUAAGUAAGUAUUGAGACUAUUUUAAAAUGAAAACAUCAUGAGUAUGCAAAGCUUUCUUAGGUUUUUAAAUAUAAUUAUUUCGCUUUGUUUUACUUUUUAACUCUUGAAUUUAUCAUUAUGAUGGUGUCUUUCACAGAAUAAAACCUAAAAAAAUUUCCAGGGUACAAGUGAUCCCUUAUUUUGGAAGAAAAGAAUAAAAAUUUGAAGAAAUCACAGUAAGUUCUAUUAUUGAUAGACCCAACUAGAUACUAAUUGUUUACUUAUGAAGAAAAGAAAAACAAUAUAACUUUCUAAAGUUACAUUGUUAAAUUAUCUUAAAUUGAUAUAGUGUUAAUUCUCUCAAAUUAUAAGAUGUGAUUAUUGACUCCUGAGGGUUUCUGUGAAAUCUUAAAAAAUAAUACCUGGUAUAUUAUUAGUCUGUCGGCAAAUUCUCAGGAAUCCCUCACAUAAAAAAUUUCUUUCCUUCAAACUUUGUUAUGGUAGUUGAAUCAUCCCAGAUGUCAAUGUUUCAAGAUAUGGGGGAUUUGGCAGAAAAUACUUAGCCUGAUAGAAUCAGAUCCUAUUUCGUUGCUUUCUGUUAUAAACACUAGAAGUGAUUUCCAUUACUCCUAGGAUUUGAUACACUACAAUCCCAGAAGUUGAUAUACAUUAUAUUAUUCACUAAAACUUUCACUAGACUCAAAAUAGAGAGAAGCAGGCUAUUCUAAACAUAAAUAUUAUUAUAAAACAGCCAUCUCACUCUUUGCAUGUACUAGAUCAAAAUUAUUAUUUGUACUAAGCUACCUGAAUUUAUUCUAGACAGCAAGAAAAAGACAAGCUAGGGCAGAAAAGUUGUACAUUUUUCACUCAGAAGGAAAUGAAUGUCUCAUAUUUUUGUUAGAAAUUGAUGUUUCAAGAGGUCAUGCUUGCAGGUAUAAUUCUGCAAAGCAAAGCUGCCAUUGUCAACUCAUCACAAAAUGUGCUGUGGGUAUUUCUCUCUCAUUUAUUUGAGGAGUAAAGUUAGAUCACUCACAUUCAAGCUAAUAUUUGAGACAGGACAUGCCACUCUGAGCUCUGAUUCCUAUGGGUCAUCCCACAUCCAGAUAACUAUUGUUCUCACAAAAAUAAAAUGAGUUGGUCUCAUAUUCCAAAUACUAGCCUUUUUCAAGAGGAGCUGUUGCUUUGUAAAUAUGGACCACAUGGGUUGUAGGACAUAUUUGUACUAGUAGCGACCACACAGGUAGAAAGAGUUCCUGGUUUACCAUGGAUUAAAAAGGAUUCUCUAGAAGUACAGUAUGCCAGUCACAGGGACACUAAUUUGGCACCUUUCCUACAUCUUGAGUUGAAAUAUCAUAUUAUUGCAUGUGUGUGAAGUGUCCAUUAUUAAGAUGAUUUAAAUUUUGUGUAGUAUUUUGAGUUUUAUAAAUGCACAGACUCUAGUCCAUUUAUCUUUAUGUCUCUUUUAUGUUUUGGCACCAUUAUUCACAUUGGAAGGGCCACCCUAUUAGGACUCACGCAUAUAUAUGUAUUAACAAACUGAAGCUUAGAGUAAAAAAUUAUAUCAAAGAGGCUCAGUUAUUCUAAUUAGAGAAGAAUUAUAGAAAUGCUUGUUUUUUAAGAGAAAAUAGGUUUUCACACUUGAUUUCUAGUCAAAGUAGAAGUAUCUACCCUGUCCACACUUUUCUACCAAAGAAAGACUAUGUUCUCCUGCUAAUUAGAUUGACAUUUUCACCUGUGUUUACCCCAAAAGACUGUAUUUGAAAGAUGCAUACUGAAAGUCAAAAUUGUACUAGUAAUAAAAAGUAACCUGAAAAUGAA